UCCUCUCUUGCACCCAGAGACUCUACCCCCCUGUCUUGUUUUGCGCCCAUCCAUUCGCCAUCCAUUCAGACGCAUUUCUUCACCAAAGCCAUGGAGGUUUUCUCGCCAUCCCAGGUCUACUACGACAGCGCGUGCGCCUCCUCCCCAGACAGCCUAGAGUUUGGCGCCGGCAUGGAGCUUACGGGCUCCGAGGAGGACGAGCACGUCAGGGUCCCGGGAGCCCCUCACCAGCCGGGACACUGCCUCCAGUGGGCCUGCAAGGCCUGCAAACGCAAGUCCAGCUUUGUGGACCGCAGACGGGCGGCCACCAUGCGCGAGCGCCGGCGGCUAAAGAAGGUCAACCACGCUUUCGAGGCUCUGAGGCGCUGCACCUCGGCCAACCCCAGCCAGCGCCUGCCCAAGGUGGAGAUCCUGCGCAACGCCAUCCAGUACAUCGAGAGCCUGCAGGACCUGCUACGAGAGCAGGUGGAGAACUUUUACGGCCUACCUGGAGAGAGUAGCUCUGAGCCCGGGAGCCCCCUGUCCAGCUGCUCUGACGGCAUGGCAGGAAGCAACAGUCCAGUGUGGCAACAGCUGAAUGCAAACUACAGCAACAGCUACUCCUACGCAAAGAAUGAAAGUUUGGACGGCAAAACAGCUGGCGCGUCCAGCCUGGAGUGCCUGUCCAGCAUCGUGGACCGCCUGUCCUCCGUGGGGGCCGCCUGCGGACCGGCCGCUCUGAGGGACAUGGCCACCUUCUCCCCCCCCAGCUCCGACUCGCAGCCCUGCACGCCGGAGAGCCCCGGAUCCAGGCCCGUCUACCACGUCCUGUGAGAGCCCUAAUGCCACGGGCGGCCGCCGCGCUUUCAGCAGACAACAGCUGCAUUUGCAAUUAAAAUCUAAGAACUAGUUUUGUGCGAGACGGGGGAACCGACGACCUGCGGCCACCGGCUUCUUUUCUGUACAUGAAAUUGUAAAUAUGUAAUAUAGUUCCCAUUUAUUCUACACAGGCCACAAUACUCAAUGAAACAUAUUUAAUGUAAUGGUGCAUUAUUCAAAUAUGAAAUGAUAUUUAAGCAUUGUUGUAACUUUUUACACUUGUUGUUGUGACCAUUAAAUAUUUUUCUUGUUUUGUACAAAGCUUUGAGCAGCUGGAGACUUCUUUUCUUUCCUUUGGAGCAGAAGCUUUCGUGUAUUAGUUGCCAUUUGUUGUCAGGAAUUAGUGGGUUUAUUCCAGACUUUAUUUUAAAAGAACAAAGUUCAACACAUGAGUUUU